AUGCUCAGGCACUCACUACGGUCAGCUAGUAAGCUGCAGUCUAAGAAUGUUCGGCUAUUGAGAGCCGCACCAUUGCUGUUAAAGCGCUCUCUCAGCAAUGAUCCGAAAGAAGUGUUCACGAAGCUAACGGACGAGAACGACCCUCAGCGGGAUGCGUUCUUCAAGUACGGCUGGGGCUCUUGGCUGAAGAACGACAAACAAGAGAAGGAGAAGCGUGUUACUAGGUUCUCCAUUGAGGGGCUGAACAAGGUUUUGUCGGAUCUGCACGAGCAGUCGGCGCAGGCAGACAAGACGGCGAAGACGGAUGCGGUGCCACCACCUUCAUACAAUCCAAAUCUAACGGUGUCGCUACCGCAUAAUGUCACUUCCAAACACCUAGGCACGCCGAAGCGUGGCGAGAGCGUGCGGGUGGUCUCCAUGGCCAGUUUCCAUGAGGGCAAGCACCACCGCAUAUACAAAAUUGACACUAACGCGGGCAAAUCGUUCGUCUUGCGUAUUCCAUACGGAAUCGACGAGGAGAACACACUAGCCUACCGGGUGAAAAGUGAAGUUGCAACUAUGGACUUUGCAGACCUAAAGCUAGGCAUGAACGUCCCGAAAGUUUUCUGUUUUGGCGUCAAUGCUCUGAAUCCGAUUAGACAGCCGUUUAUUCUCGAAGAGUAUGUUCCGGGCCGUCUGCUGAUGAAGGACUGGAUGCCCCUAGCCAGCGACAGCGCCGAUGGGAGUCAUAAGGAGAAGCUGAAUAGCGUAAUUCAGCCCAUCUCUGAAUUCCAAGCCAAGCUAGCAGAAACUGAAUUCACUGCAUUCGGCAGUUUGUAUUUCGCCAAGGAUUACCGUGAGUCAAACGAGCCAGCGUAUAAAUCCGACACCGAUGGCGACCUUGCUGAUAGAUGGAGAAUUGGCCCCAGCGUUGAGCGUUGUUUCUGGAGGAAGAAGAGCGCGUUACCUUUCGAACAGCGAAAGCAGUAUCUAGGGCCCUGGACUAUAUCUCAGCCAUUGGAUAUCGUCAAGUCCCUCGGCUCCCUGGAAGCGGAGAACGCUCGGGCUCGUCUAGCUAUCAAGCAGGCCGAUGCCUCCCCCGAGGCCGAGAUCGACGAGCAAGUCCUCCGGGACCAGAUUACUGCUUUUGAGAACCUAGCCAAGCUUGCCCCAGUCAUGUACAACCUAAAGACCAAAAGCAUCCCAAACAUGGACGCAAUUGUGAAGCCUCGCCUGUGCCAUCCCGAUCUUGAUCCGAUGAACGUUAUAUUGCACGAAGAGAAUGGAAAGCCAUAUCUGCUGGACUUCGAGGGCACAACUGUGAAGCCGUUUAUUCUGCACAACAACCCUCAGUUUGUUGCUUACGACGGCCCCAAGAUAUAUGACCUGGAGCGCGACGUCGAGAACUAUAGCAAGCUGAACGCUCAAGAAAAGGACCAAUACGAGUUUAUGUACAAGCGUACCCGCAACCAGUACCUGUGGGAGUCUCAGCUCAACCAAAACGCUAAGCACCUCAUCUCGAGUAUUGCCCCUCUGGUGAAACUGCUCAGAAGCCCUUACGUGUACGCGGUGCAGCGCAAGUAUGACCAAGAGUACCUGCUUAUUGAUGAGGCGCUAGUCCAGCUGAAGGAAGUCUGGGAACUAUUCGCCAAGAACGAGUUGACCAACAGUGAGCAAUUCCCAGUCGAGUUUACCGAGGAGUGGCUACGCCAGCAUGCAGAGAAGCUCAAUGCUUACCACGAAAAACUGAUAGCCGAGCCAUUUAGUGCCACGCAAGGCUGGAUGCCCCAGGAUCUCUUUGACAACCUGGUCAAGUCGGGAGUGCUAGUCAAGGACGCUAACGGUGACCAUUCCUUAAAACAGUAG